GAAGUUAAACUCGGAUCACCAUGACGAGCUGCUCGGCUCCCAGCGCUCGCACCGGGAUUUGAGGGCAGGGAGCUCUGCUGCCCCGCUCACAGAACCACGGCGCUGCGCUCAGCUCCAAUCCCUCCUGGAAAAGUUCGCCGGACAAGUGCGGUGCUCUGCACCCAGCAGGGGAGAGCCGUGCAGGAGGAUGGUGGAGGAGCACGGGGAAGGAGCCAUCUGAGCCAGCGGGAGCCCACGUCCUGGUGAGGAUGCCAAGCCGGGGGACCUGCGGAUCUGCGGGACGCGCUGGCAGCCAGCAGCGCAGCUCACAGCGACCUGCACCAUAGGACAGCCCAGCGCUCGGCAGCACAUCAGCACACACAGAGCCAGUGGUCCCACCUUUGAGCGACGUUCUCCUGAGCUGCACCUCACCUGCACGGAUGCUGCAGGAGAGAGAAAAACGCAAAACAGAAAGGGGCAGAAAGAAAGAUGUGUUCUGCUGCUUCAGCACAAAGGUGCGAAUCUGGAGUGACUGCAAAGGUUUGAGUGGCCAAUAGGUGCUGUGUGACUGCGUGCUCCAUCCGGCUGCACUGCUUCCCAUCCAGAGGCUGCACCAGGGCUCGCCCUUGGCCAGAAAGGGAAAACCACCGAAGGUAGGGAAGGUCCUUUCAGUACCACGUCAGGCACAGGUUAAGAGAACAUCAUAGGGCUGCACCACCUCCAGGUUUACUUGCUGGGGGCUGAUUGUGUAAGGCUGAUUGGCCUUGUGAGCCCUGGGCUGCCAGGAAGAAGCAUGGAGCUCAGGAGCAGCUUUCCCUCCCUGCCUCAUUGGGUGUUCCCCUUUCAAGUGGCACCCAAGCAGCCGCUCAGUCACCUGUUCUGUAGGUCGUCUUUAAAGCAGUGCUUUCCACCCUUUGAGCUCAACUGCAGAGACAUGCAAUUAAUUAAGCAAGUUAGUGGUAUAUAAUUUCAGCCUUUUAUUUGCACUGGGUGUUGGAGCAGGACACACGUACUGUCUGUAGCAGGAUUCCAGAGGCUCCACAGAAAAUGCUGUACUUUACAGACCAACCUGAUAGGGUUUGUGCAACAUCAGCCCAACCUGUGUCAGAGGAAACCAAACAGCCAUCACUUAAAGGAAUCUAACAGCCCAUGCUGCUACUGUGCUGUAUGGAGCUGGUACAUCAAACCUCUGUUCUGACAUGUUAGUUUGUUUUUUAAAUGACUUUUUAUGCUCAGAUGAAGAGCAAGCCUAGAAGUGAAUUUUAAGUGGGCUGCCUCCAAGUUGGACAGGCUAACAAAUCUUCAUUGUUAGCAGACAAAUGGACUCCUAUUGGCCAGAUUGCUGCAAUGCUGCAUAAGAAAUGCAUCAAAAGCUGCUCCUAGCAGUAGUAUCCAAACACCACAACACUGCUUCCCAAAUAUUUUCCUGGGUUGCAAUGUUUGUAAACUGAGCCCUCCCGUCUUGCAAAGCUGCCAGGAACAUUCUCAACAAUUUUAGUUCUUAAUAACAACAACAAAAAAUUAAUUUAAAAAAUCCCCACAUUAUUAAAAAAAACUAUGGAGAAAAGAUGACAAGGAAUCUAUCCUAAUAUAAGGGCUCUCCCAUUUCCACAUAGCAUGUGUGCUGUUUGUCUUCAUUCUUGGAGCACAGGAUUUUAUAGCUGUAAUUAUCUCAUUUUCUCACGGCACAAACAGUCCAAUUUUUAUUCACUGAGGUCAACAUUUUGGUAGUGUUCUCCCUCUGGUUUUGCUUCCCAUAAAGCUUGCUAUUAACAGCAAAUACAAUACAUUCAUCUGAUCCAAAUAGCUGCUGGGGGAGAGGUUCUUUAAUAAAUCAUAUUUUCAGAUCAGCAUAGAGCAGAAGUGUCAAUAUGAAAAUGAAUAACUAGAGGGAUGAUGCUUUAACUCACUUCUGAAGUUUGAAGCAUAUUAUGGGGGGGUUUUCUUAAUUAAUAUCAUCUAAAAGACACAGCUUCUCAACCAUAGCCUUAUCUUAAAAGAUUCCCGUGCAAGAAUUUUCCCCGUAAUCUGGAGGGCAUUGAUUGGUAAUGUUCAACCCAGCAGACCUUAGAAGCAAGGAGGCAGUGCUUCGUGGGCAGCUGGCUAUGAAAUCCUGCUAGCUGCAUGCAGCCCUGCAUGCAAACCUGCUGCUUUAGGACUAGGAUUUUUUUUUAAGUGUUCAAGGAUGAGGAGGUGCACCCCAGUAUUUAUCAAGGAAGACAGCCCUGGCCUGUACUUCUGCCCUGCUUAAGUGCCAUUUCCCCAUGCUGGGAAGCAAACCGUAGCACCUGCAGGUGCAAGACGUGUGGUCUUUGCAGAGCAAGCAGAGGGUGAAAGCUGUUCCCCUUCGCAACCACCUGAGGUCUGCAGAAGGAAGAACUUCUGAGAGCCCGGUGGCAGGGAAAGGUCAGGAGCAGGGUGUUAUACUCUGUGUGUUUGGAUUAGCACACAAUGGUUAAAUAAACUGACUUAAUAUCUAAUGACAUUUUCAAACAAUAGCUCAUAAGAUUAUCCAAAGUAUGCAGAAACAAAACCUGCAGACAAACACCAUUGUGGUUCCCAAGACAUCCACACAGCAGUGCGUUUCAGGGCCGUGCAGAUUAGAGGUCAGGUAUAAAUAAGCCCGAGUGAAAAAUCUCCUGAACAGAAAAGACAGAAACAGUCCUUCCUGCCUCACGUGUUAUUAUCACUCCCACUUGUAUGCAACCAUCAGUUUCUGUCCCAUGCUUUCAGCUUACAACCAUGCUUUUGGAAACAGAAUCCCCGUGUUUUAAAAAAAUAAAAAGCAUGGUACUGCAAUGAAUCACAAGCUCAGAACGCUCCCGGAAAGCCACUGGGAAUUAGCUGGGUUAGCAGGUCUGAGGGAUUGUCACUAAAACCACAUCAGCAUCCUGAGUCACGUCAGCUGGGGAAGGCGCUGCGAUGGGACAGAUGCUAUCACUGCUCUCCAACCUGCUCCGCACUGCUCCCAUGCCAAUGGAGCUGGCGUUAGGAAUACUACACUUAGGCACCUGUCUCAGCAGCUUCAGCUGCUUGUGAGGCACCCUACAGAAGUGCACCUUUGUGGUCCUUUUUGAAACCAAACUGCUGACGCUGCAAGCAGGGCUGCCAGCUUCAGCACAGCCCAUGGGGGAAGCUGCUUGAAAUGCCCAAAGCAGUCACUGCUGGUGAAGGAUUAACGUGCAACUGCCGGGCUGCAGCGCAGGAACAACAGUGCUCUCCUUCUUAAAGGGGCAAAAAGUUGUGCUCAUACAAAAGACAUCCCUAAAGCAACUCAUCUGGUAUUUGCUGACAAGUCUUGCUUGCUUCAGCUGAUUUGCAAAUACAAUUUAUUUUAGGUAAUUACCAAAGCAUUUUUGGGCAUGUUAAGCCAAAUCUGAACUUGCUGAAUUCUCAUACUAAGAUAAAACACAGAUUAACACAAGUCCUGAGUGGAUUCCCUUCACAUUACUUCUUAGUUCAGCACUUAAACUGAAAAACAGGAAAAAGUAUCAGUCGGUGACUGCAAGCAUCUGUGCAAUGGAACGAGGAGAUCCCUGCCCACAUCACAACCUCUGUACUGCACACCAGCUGAUGGGCCGUUUGCAAUCCUCUGAAGGCACCGUGAUUCCAGCUUGGAUCAAAAGCAUGCUGAGGUUCUGACAACCCUAUUCCUUAUAGACAACUUCCACACGGCUAGCAAAGGUCCAGGCACACACCAGCUAAUUCACUGAUGCCACGAUGCUUCAACAAAACCAGUUCAGCUCAUAAAAGCAAUACCCCAGCAACCACAGUCCUCAAUAACUACUUUCACGUUAGCCCUGUGAAUUGCUUAGUCCAUCCUGAGCAGUAGCUCUACGUAAAGCUGAAUUACUGUACCAAGCACUCCUAAAAGAUCAACCUUGGCGAGCAAAACUGAACAGAACUCAUUUGCCUUUGUCUCACUUGGCUUCCAUAAAUAGAAAAUCAGAGCAGAACUGCCCGUCAGUUUGUAGCAGCUGUCAGAGAUGACAGCACCUCAAACAACCGCGACUCCAUCUUUGCAGUACCACAGAGCAGGGUGCAGACAUAAACAUACACAUCCAUCAUUCAUUUUAGGCAUCAGCUCCUUUUGGGUUAAUAAGUCAAAGCAUCCACUAUGCUUCUCUGCUGUGGACGGGGAGGAAAAUAUAAAUUAAUUCUUCAUUACAGUUUUACAAAGCAAAUUAUUCAGCAGCAAUUUGUAUUCAAGCGAAGUACACAGAAUCAUGAUAUUACACUCCUUUUAUUCAGAUGAAAGGAAUUUACAUUUACCUCCGAUCUCAUUAGAGUAAGAAUGAUGAAGCAGUAGCAUCUUCCCCCCCCCCCCUUUUUUUUUUUUUAAUUGAAGUAUUCUUUCUGAAUGCUUAAAGUAACUCAGAGGGUUAUAUUGAAGCAUUUUUUCAAACACAUGCUGGCUCUGUUUCAGGUCUAACGCAGCUUUCUGUUUAAGCUCCCAGGCCAGGUGGGUGCUGCAGGCUUCUGCUGCACAGCAGUGCUUUGCAGAGCAGGGCAGGGUUUGGCUCCUGACAAAUACAGCUGUGAGAGCAGCUCUAAGGGAAGUUCAGCUCCCUGCGCCCAGGGUUUGCUAUGCUGUUAGCACACACAGCCUUGCAGAAUAGCUACUUCCCUGGUAAAAAGUUCUUUCUGGUACAAAAGCAGCUCCUCCAAUGGAUGCAGACACUAUUUGUUGCUGGUUAUGCAACGCCAGCAAGGGCUGGGCUAUUCCUGAACCACAGUCACAUCCUUCCAGUUUGUACUUGAGAAACAACAACAAAACCCUUCCGUGGUUACACGGUGGCACGCAGAACAGACCUGCUGGCAGCACUGGGCCCGGCGACCAACACCCCUGCACCCCUCCGACUGAACCGCGCCGCGAUAUCGCUGUGGACGCCGUGGUUUUGCAACUGCCCUCUCGGCCAAUAGCAGCGUGCAGCUGAAGCUUAAAGGAUUAUGUGUAUGUAUGUGCAGGGGAAGUCACAUGUAAAUACAGACUCGGUGCCAUGAGCAGGGCUGGUGCAGCCGUCAGCGGGCUGCUGCUCAGCCUCCCUGUUGUUUACUCUUGCUGGAGAAAUGAGAGGUCGGAGUUUCUGCUGAGCUUACCUUGGGAGGGGCUCUGACUUGAUGGACAAAAUGUUUCUGCCAGCCAGCACGGGACAGCAGGGCACUGCCUACCAGGGUCUGAACAGCACAGAAAGCUUUAUCAGAACAUCAGGAUAUGUUCCACAACAGCUAAAACAGUGCUCACGUAUAUGAGGAUGGACUGAUCAGCUCCAGUGACCUCCUUAAGCAGUGGCUUCGUGUUGGCAUGCACUCUGUAUCUGUGGGCCAUGCAACAACAACCAUUUAUCAAUCAUUACUACGAAACUGGCUCUGUGACAAACUAAUUACUCCUCAGGCUUCCACCCAUUAGCACAGAAGGAAGCAGACACUCAAGAAAAGCUGGUAACCAGCAGAGAAGACACAAGAGCUGAAAUCACUAUGUGGAGCUGUGAAACCUUAAACAGUACUGACAACCGCGAGGACCAGCAUCUCUGCCAGGACUUCCACUUUGUGCUAUCCAUCUUUUCCCUACUCUACCUCAUUAUAUGUUUCCCAAUCGGCCUUUGCUACAACGGCCUGCUGGUCCUGGUCAACCUGUACAACAAAGCCACCAUGACGAUGCCCGAUGUUUACUUUGUCAAUAUGGCCAUCGCCGGCCUCAUCAUCAACGCUCUGGCACCGAUGUACCUCCUAGGUCUUGCCAACACAAAAUGGGCCAUCUGGAAUUCUAACAAUGAAGUUUAUAUCACCUUGCUUAUUUUGUUCAACGUCUCAUCUUUAGUUACCAUGUACUCCACGACAUUACUCAGUCUGGACUACUACAUCGAGCGCGCUCUACCCAGAACUUACAUGUCCAGCGUGUACAACACCAAGCACGUCUGUGGGUUCAUAUGGGGUGGAGCCAUGCUCACAAGUUUCUCAUCCCUUCUAUUCUACGUCUGCAACCACGUAUCCACUAAAAUAAUCGAAUGCUCCAAGAUGCAGAACAAAGAGGCCGCGGAUGCCAUCAUGGUGUUCAUUGGGUACGUCGUUCCGGCUGUGGCGGUGCUGUAUGCACUUAUUCUGAUCUUGCGGAUACGCAAAGAGGCGACACCACUGGAUCAAGACACUGGACGAUUAGAUCCAUCGGUGCACAGGCUUUUGAUUGCCACAGUCUGUACACAGUUCACCUUAUGGACACCCUAUUACGUUACCCUUUUGGUAAGCACGUUUACUUAUGCACGAGGAAGACCUGCAGAUGAAAACUACAGUCGGAUAUUACAUUUUACCAAGAUUUUAUCCAAAUUCUUGGCUUUCUCGAGCAGCUUUGUAAUGCCUUUGCUUUAUAGAUACAUUAACAAAAACUUUCCCAACAAAUUGCGACGGUUGCUUAAAAAGAUCCACUGUGGGAAUCAGGGCUGUUCUCACGAACGCACAGUAGUACAGCAGGUCAUGACGUAGGCAUUAACACCUCUGUGCUCUGUUACUGCAGUACUCAGACUGUGAUACGGCUGCGUUGGCGCUCAAAGCCACCAACGUGAGAGCCCCAACCAGCAGGAGCCUUUGAUGAAUGAAAGAGUCUUAACUUUCCAAACGUUAAGUGUUUGCUGAGGUCUGUAAGACUCUGGCCCAUGUGCUGUAAUACCUGUGACAUCCAACGCUCUCAGUGCACUGAACUGCUUACACAGCGUAAGCUCUGUCUUCGUCGUUCUGAUAUUCCUGGCUGAACAAAUCACUAAGCAGUUCAUGGAAAUCCUGACCGAACACACACAGCACCUUGUAGGGAAAAAGGCAUUACCUUGUUUUCUGCACAAAGAAGUAACAGUGCUAUCCUUGAUGAAGUAAAUAGUAUUUUUUCAAUGAAGAUGAUACAGGUGAUCUUUGCUAAAGGUCGUAUCACCCAAUUAAACAUGUCCAAAUAGUAAAUGUUAAUUAUAAAUUAAAUUAUUUAAUUUCUUUCUCUAUCAUCGAAUUCCCUAACCUACCAUUUCCAGGACCUACAUUCUCACAGUCUAACCUAAGCUAUUAACACGUAUGGCAGAUCAGUUUUUUCCUCGCUAUAACAAUAAUGUGUUUUAUUCUUCCGGUGCUGUUUGCAUCCUAAGGCAUUUCAGGAAUUCAAAAAUAUUUAUUAACUAAUUCUAGGGGAAUUGAGAGAUUUUUGUUCCACUUUUAAAAUGAAGGACACGGUGGUUUACAAACUUAAAUCAGAACUUAACGAGUAAAGAAUGUCUGGCUAAGUGUUAUGGUCCACACAUGUUCAUGUAACAACAGUAAUUAUCUGAAAAAUAAAUGUUUAUGAUUAACAUGUUUUAUUUUCAAGGGAUACGUUCACUACAAAUAAAUUGAAAUCUCUUUAAUCUCGGGGAUCACUGGAAGUUCGGAAACCAGAAAAAUAUUCUCUCAAUGCAUACAAGAUUUUAGGAUGGGAGUAAUAUAAAGGAUGCUCCGAAAGUAAUGCCUCCUAUUUUAUUUUGUUGGUCCGCAAUGUGAGGUGGAUGCUGGGGGGAUGGCAGCUGAGGCUGAACCUUCCCCAGCAAUUACCUGUGACACGUUGUUGCCAUGUGGCAGAUGGCAGCAGAGGGGCACUCUGACGAAGUGGUAUCUGACAUUGGAAGUGUGUGCAAAACAAAGGUGUGAAAUUGAAUUCCUCCAUGUGGAAAGAUACAGCACUCACUGACAUUCAUCAAUGCUUGCUGAAUGUUUGUGGAGACCAAACAGUGGGUGUGAGCACAGCGAGGGGAGGGCGAUGCGUUCCUGCAGUGACAGACUGUGGCCGCUCACACAGGUGCAGAUUUUGACAAGCAUAACAUGCAGGCACUUGUUGUUUGCUGGCAAAAAUGCACAGCUCAUGGUGGUGGCCGUGAUGAAAAAUAGUUCCGUAGCAGAGAAUUUGCUCUACCAAGUAGUGUUAUUAUGCUCUUUGUAUCUAUAGUGCUUUCCAUGGAAAUAAAUAGGAGGCAUUACAUCUGGAGCAACCUACAUACGUAUGAAUUCCACUCAGCAUCACCUUCUUGCUGACCUGGGAAAAAAUGGAGUGUCUCCCAGUGUGAUUCACCGAUACACAGCGAGAGUACAGUUUCUGUAUUUCACAGUGGGGAUGGAAAAAACCAACAUAGUUCAGAGUGUUGGAAGAACAUGGGAAAUACAAAGUGCUGCUGGAAACAAAAUUACCCUGACCCAAACAACUACCUGCAGCUGUUGUUGCAUUAGUGAUAGCAGAGGGGACAGAAGUUACACUGAUAUUCUCCCAUUGGCUGAGGGACAGCAGGACUUCUGUCACUGGCCCUGCAACAACUCAUUUCUUUGCUCUAUCUGUCACAACACAAAUCAUUCAGCAAGACUUCAGCAAAAAAAAAAAAAAAGUGGGGUUUUGAGCCUCUGGUAUAGAAAAACCAUAGAGUAAAAACAGAAUUAGACCUUUCCUAUUGCAUAAUCUGAUCUCAUAGUUGGUGAUAAUUUAUCAGCAUAGGAAAAUGGUUAAGUUUUAAGUGGGAAGGAGAUGAGGAACAGACUUUUCUCAGACCUUCUCCCCUCUUUUCAGUAUCAUUUGAGUCAUUCUUCUCACAGCCAUCUUUGCUUAUCUGAUUCGUAUACAAUCACCCCUUACAUUACCAACAUCCUGCUCAUCCAUUACUCCUUACCUUUCAAUACCAUUUUUAUCUCAGUGAACUUGUUUAACCACUGAAACCCUACACAGCAAGUCAUCUAUUUGUGUGCUGGUUUCUCCCCAUGAAAGCUAGCCAGCACAAUCACACUGCUUGGCUUCACAGAGCCAGCCUGUUGAUUAAAACCACUUCAGGGAAGGAAGCCUUUCCUUAUCGCUCUGUCCAUUCACACGCUCAUUUGUGCCUCUCAGCAGACACAAUACCGGCUUCUUGGUUUCCGUAACCAUUUGUUGUUUCGCUUUUCUCUUAACUUGAGAUAUAUUCUAAGAAUUGCAAGCUACACUCAUUUUAAGCAUUCAAGCUCACGCCCACAGACAUUCAUAGCAAAUCUUUCCUUGGAACUGCUGAGCAAAUAGAGAGUCAUCUUCCCUCCGGGGGAACACUGGGCAUCCCAAAGCACCACAUCACAUCUCUCACGUAAAAGCUGCUAAAGAAAUUCUGACCCACGGGGCAGGAAAACAAACAGCAGAGGGGAACUGGCAAACGUGGUGUGAGCAGAGCCUGGUGGAGCUGGGACACGGGCAGGGCAGCAGGCAGAGCAGGCAGCACAAGGGUGGCUGUAACUGCUGUGCUGCUGCCCCUGCGUCCAUUUCCCCUCUUCCAAAGACAAACUACUUUCCGUUGCUAAGCAGGCUGUCACAUUUAUUUCUCUUCUUUCCUCUGCAGGUUAAAUCACCAGGCCACAGCUCUUGCAUCAUCUCUUUUUUUUAUUCCCCUCAUCUCUUUCAGUCCUCUACCCAAACGUGCUAUUCAAUUUCAUCCUGUUCCUGCUCCCUUUGUGCAUGGCCUUGUACAUGUGGUACUUCCCAAGACUACCUCCUUCAUGAUAACUCAACCUUCCUCCAACAAUUUGACAUUACAACUAAGUGUGAUGGCAAUCAUAUAGGCAAGGAGUGCUGAUAAUUUAACGAACAAGACUGAUAGAAACUCAAGUAUUUUUAAGAGUGAACUUGAUGUCUCAUUUGCCUCAAAGAAACUGUGCCAUGGAACGAACUGGCUGCUGUUCUAUUAAAUUCUGAACUUGAUUCCAGUACUCUCAUGUGGUAUCUCUUAAAAAGCAAUAUCCCACAAAGCAGGAACUUCACAAUAUUUAUAGAAGCAGUACAUGAGCAAGUGCACUAAAAUACUUAAAGCAAUGCACAGUAGUGUAGCUAUUGAGGAGCUUUUAUGGGCAAAUCUCUAAUAUGCAAAGUUCUCAAGGAUGAGGCCUCUGCAUUUCAAUACCUGAAGGUUUCUGAUGACUGUAAAUAGGGGCUUGCCUACUUUGCAUUUAAAUAAAUAUGAAUAAAGCCCUGUACAUAUGCAAGAUAAAGAUCAGCCUACUGAUGAAAAAAUAAUUGUCAAUUAAUUUAUUAAAUUAUUUCUUAAAGUAAGUGUAUUGUUUAAAUGCAAACCUCUGUAUGUUUCCAUAUGUAUAUAUUGAUAUUAGAAAGUAAGCACCAGUUAAGUGCCAUUAUUAACAGUGUUAUUUUCUUACAAAAUUCAACUUCAUGUUAGAGAUGAGCUGAGGCUUAUAGCCCUCCUCCUGAAGAGCCAAUUAAGUCAAAUCUGUGAACUAACAAAGAUGUUCGUCUCUGCUUCUGCUGAAGGUAUUAACACAGCCAGUUUAAGUCAGGUCUGUGUUGACGAACCCAGCAGGGGUCCUGGUUUCAGAAGCUUCCAUUUAGGAAUCAAAUUGAGAUGGUCUAUGAAGAUGUAAUGUUCAGCUAAGGAAAGAAAGCGACCAACCACUGGAGAAUUCCUGGUUCUGCUUACACUAAAGAGAUGUGGUCUUCCAUAUCAUGUCACAGAACUGUGUGAAAUGGACUUUGGCAAAGCUUCACAAAGAAACUACUGACUCCUAAGACUCUUAAUAAAAAGUGUUAAAGCCUA